AUGAACCGUCUGUACAAAGCAGCACUCAAUUUUGUCCCGGUAUCUCUUGCUUCAGCGGCAAAGACAGGACCUCAGAUCCGAUAUGAGAGUAGACUGGUGGUCGCCAACCUGUCCACCUGGGCGAUAUCCUCAACGAGCGCUGCGAAGUCAUCCACAAGCUCGGCAGCGGUGGUUACGCAAAUGUGUGUCUUUGCUGCUACCACACGAGUGAACUGUCUCGGUUCGCCGGCUGUGAAGAUUGUCAUGGCCGAGGGGUCUACGCCAGACGGCCCAGGGCUGCGUGUAGAAGUAAACACGCUGAAAACGCUCGGUCUCGACCAAGGUCCUUUAGCUGAGCAUUUCUGCCUACCUACGGACGAGUUCGAGAUCCGCAGCGGCAGGAAACUGUUCGACACACUCGAUGACGACCAGGACGAACAUCUAUGCAAAGAUGCCGAUGAUACUUGGCAAGCUACCCGAACCAUGGCGGACGAAGACAUGGGAGGCUCGCAAGCUUUUCCUGCGCAGACGAUGCUGAUGCCGACGGACGUAGUGGUCGAGAUUCGCAGAGAGUUAAGUUACCGCAACAUUGUCCCGGCGAUGGAGAGGCUCGGUUCGAGACCUGUGUGGUGCAAGCCCCGGAGCCGAGGUCGAUCAGUGAUGCACCUUUGCCAGGAUUGUUUCAUGAGAAUAGCUACUGUAUGGCCCCGGGAGCGUCCAACGUGA